AUGCGACUCUUCCGGGAAAAUCGAACCCACGCUGCCUUUGUGCGGGCCCGGGCUCUGGGGAGGCAGAAGUUAGGCUCACAGACACCAGGUCCAGAGAGGGACCCGUAUCUCGUGGCCUGGGGAAGCCAGUACCUGAGCUGCAGGGUGGAUAGCUUGGAGCGCAGGGCUGACUUGUCUCAUCGGUGGACAGUUGUUUGUGUCAUUGGCUCGACUGCCUCCUCGGCGGGGAGGCAGGGUCCUCGCGUGGCCUCCGGCCUUGCCCACGGCCUGUGCCCAGUGGAGCCUGGCUUACAGACAGCAGCAGCUGUGUCCAUGGGCUCUGCCGACCAGCAAUUCAGCCUCGUGGAGAUCCUGUCCCAGAACUACGGCGUCCGGGAGGGGCGUGAGGCGGCCACUGGGGGCCCGGAGAAGUCUGAGGAGGAGCUGGGGAAGGACUUCACCUCCCAGAGCAGCGACAUGCCCCUGGACGAGCUGCUGGCGCUCUACGGCUACGAGGCCUCCGACCCCGUCUCCGAGCAGGAGAGUGAGGGCACCGACCCUGCCCCCCCGCUCCCAGACAUGACCUUGGACAAGGAACAGAUAGCAAAGGACCUGCUUUCAGGGGAGGAGGAGGCGCAGUCGUCCGCCGACGACCUCACCCCGUCUGUGACCACCCACACGGCCUCAGCCCUGUUCCCCAGCCAGAGUGGACCCCGCUUCCUGGCCGGCGGCGACAAGGAGCCCAGCUCUUCCACCUCCUCGGACACUGAGGAGGACUCUCUUCCCGCCAACAAGUGUAAGAAGGAGAUCAUGGUGGGCCCCCAGUUCCAAGCUGACCUCAGCAGCCUGCACCUGAGCAGACACAGCGAGAAGAUCUAUGAGAAUGAGGACCAGCUGCUGUGGGACCCCCGUGUCCUGCCCGAGAGGGAGGUGGAGGAAUUCCUGUACCGCGCUGUGACCAGGACAUGGGACGAGGCAGCCGGGCCACAGCUCCCCGAUGGGGAGACAGUGAAGGACAGUGAGCAGGCACUGUAUGAACUGGUGCGGUGCCGCUUCAACGUGGAGGAGGCUCUGCGAAGGCUGCGCUUCAACGUGAAGGUGAUCCGAGACGGGGUCUGUGCCUGGAGUGAGGAGGAGAGCAGGAACUUCGAGCACGGCUUCCGCGUGCACGGGAAGAACUUCCACCUGAUCCAGGCCAACAAGGUGCGCACGCGGUCUGUGGGCGAGUGCGUGGAGUACUACUACCUGUGGAAGAAGUCAGAGCGCUUUGACUACUUCACCCAGCAGACGCGCCUGGGUCGGAGGAAGUACGUCCCGUCCGGAGCCACGGAUGCCGACCAUUACCUGGACAGUGGUGACCCUGAUGCCUCCAGCCGCCCCCACUCCUCGCCACCCCCGCCCUCCACUGCCAACGGCCUGGGCCCUGAGCAGGAUGCCCCGGGGGGGCUGUGCACAGAGCCACUAAGUGUGGACGGUGCCACCCGUGGUCUCGGCGGCCUUGAUGAGCCUGGAUCCGGAGGCCUCCCGACCUUGGAGCCCGGGCCCUGCCCUUUGCAGCCACUGGACCAGCCCCCUGCAGGGCCUCUGUCAAGGCGGCCCUCACCCCUGGCCCACCCGGCCUUCUUCCCCACGGGCCCGGCUGCCCCGGAGCCUGAUGGCCGCCCACGACUGGCGGUGGACUUGGCCCUGCCUGGAGCCCUCCCUGAGGAGUUGCCCCUCAUCUCUAGCCACGUGAGUCUGGACGGAGACUCUGCGGAGGUGGCUUUGUCAGUUGCAGAGUUCGGACUCAUUGGCAUUGGGGACGUGAACCCCUUCCUAGCCUCCCACCCAGCGUGCCCAGCGCCCGGGCUGCACACGGAGCCGCUGUCACACUGCAACGUGAUGACCUGUUGA